AUGUCCUCCCAGACCCAGACCGUCCUCCGCUUCACCUCCCCGCGCACCGGCGUCGAGUGCCUCGAGGCCCGCGCCGAGCCCGUGCCCGAGCCGGGCCGCCACGAGGUCCUGGUCAAGGUCCGCAGCGUCGGGCUCAACUACCGCGACGUCGCCAUCGCCACCGACACGUACCUCUUCCCCGUGAGGGAGAACGUCUGCCCGGCCUGCGACAUGGCCGGCGAGGUCGCCGCCCUGGGCGAGGGGGCCGACGACGGCGCCUUCCGGGUCGGCGACCGCGUCACGGCGAUCGUCAACCCGACCCUGCUGUACGGCUUCCUGACCGACCCGCUGAGCCCGACCUGGGGCGGCCCCGUCGACGGCAUGCUGCGCGAGUACGUCGUCGUUCCCGCGAUCGCGCUGAUCAAGCUCCCCGACUCGAAGCACUCCCUCGCCGAGUGGGCGUCGAUCGUGACGACGGCGUCGACGGUGUGGAACGCCUUCUACGGGCACAAGGCCCUGAAGCCGGGCGAGACGGUGCUUGUAUUGGGCACCGGCGGCGUCUCCCUCACGGCCCUCGUCCUCGCCAAGGCCGCAGGCUGCACCACCAUCGUCACCUCCUCGAGCGACGACAAGCUCGCGCGGGCCCGGCGCGACUACGGCGCCGACCACACCGUCAACUACGCGACGCAGGCGGACUGGUCCGCCGAGGUGCUCCGCCUCACGGGCGGCCGCGGCGCCGACCACGUCGUCGAGAACGGCGGCACGGGCACCAUCGCCCAGAGCCUAGCGGCCGUGGCCUACGGCGGCGUCGUCUCCGUCAUCGGGUUCCUGUCGCGGCCCGGGCCCGGCGAGCCGCUGCCCGACGUGACCAUGGCGGCGCUGGGCAAGGGCUGCGUCGUGCGCGGCGUUCUGGCCGGGUCCAAGGAGCAGUUCGAGCACGCGGUGCGGUUCGUCGCGUCGCGAAGCUUGCCUGUGCCGCUGGACAGGACGUUUGGGUUCGGCCGGGACGAGGUCGUCGAGGCGCUCAGGUACAUCCAGGCCGGGAAGCACAUGGGCAAGGUUGUAAUUAAUUUCCCUUGA